AAUAAAAAUGUUACGUCAACGUUAUACCCGCAUGAUAUUCAAACAAAUUUUUGAACAUAAAAGUGUUUAUAGACCGGUACAGGUUAACGUGACACGUUCGUUUUAUGAUAACCAUGAAGCUAUCAGUCACUUUAUAAAGUAUUUACGUAAACGACAAGUUACUGUUGGAACAAAAGCAGAAGCUUAUGGCAGACACGUUUACGGUCCACCACUAGGAAUGCUUGUAAAGGUAGAAGCACCUAAUUUGCAUGAUUUUCUUGUAUUCCGUCUACAACAUUGGUGGAAACGUCAAAAAGAUAAUUAUAAGGAAUAUGUCGAAAAAGAACAAUAUAAAAAAUAUAUCUUAGCAGGUCCAGAUUUGGCAGCAGCUAAGUAUGUUAUAGAGUGUAGCGGUAAAAUAAGGUUCAAAAAUCACAAUGAAUGGAUAGAUAAAACUAAGAAGAAUGAACUUUCAAAAUUGCCAGAAGAAUAUGAUGAAAACUUUAUUUUAGAGGAAAUAGAUUUCAAUGGAUAUCCUAUAAGAUUUGAACAUCUUGAUUUUAUUUUUAAUCUCUAUAAUUUAAGAACACUAAGCUUCAGAGGUUGUAAAACAAUUGAUGAUUGGUCAUUGGAUAAAUUGUCUGCAGAAUUUCCAAAGUUAGAGCAUCUUGACGUAUCAGAAUGUGAAAAUGUAACAGAAAGGGGACUAGAAGCACUAUAUAGAAUGCCUAACUUGAAGAAAUUAACUGUGACUAAUUUUCAUGGAUCUGCAGCAUUCGAAUUAACUUGUUUCUUAUUAGAAGAUGUCAAUCCAUAUCUAAAAUGUGAAAUUCAACAACCACAAUACAAAUGUUUACCUGAAAAAUAAUAUAUAUAAGAAAUCUAAUUAAUAAUAAUAGUAUAAUGUACUUUUUAAAGUAUAAAUUGCUAUGUAAUGUAAAAUUGCAGUAUUUACAUAUUACACGUUUUACGCAAAAACUAA